AUUUUGAAAGUUAAGCAACCGGAAAUGAAGUGUUUGCCUUCGCUAGCUUAUUAGCUCGUAUGACCUGCUGUGUCCUCCAAUAUCUGAGAUUUGACAGCUAGCUGAUUCAAGGAUAAGACCACCGAAAUCAUGGUUUUCGAGGAGAAAAUGAUCACGAACGGAGAGCCAGAGGAGGAGGAAGAAGAGGAGGAAGAGGAAGAGAUGGUGGAUCCUAUUGAAUCACUGCGGCAGAAGUGUGCGGAGACAGAACACUGCGUUCACACCUGGGAACGUCUGGAGCAAUGUGAGACCAGAGUUGGCUCCCGGUCUUCAACGGAGGAGGACUGUACCGAGGAGCUGUUUGACUUCCUACAUGCUCGAGACCACUGUGUGGCACAUAAAUUGUUCCAUUCUGUCAAAUGAAGCUCUCAGUAUUUGACCACCGGCUAAUGGCAUUCUUCACAUAUUGUAUCGUAAGAAGAACUUGGAGUAAAAUACAUCCAUUUGUGGAUCUACUGUAUGUUGUAACUUGAAGUGUAUACAUUAUCUGCUCAUGUAAAAAAAAAGUAUUUAACAUGUCGGAGUCAACAUUUCAUUAAAGAUGAUGGCUUAAACAUCUUA